CAACCAGUGAGGUGGCGAUGCCAUCUGCUUGCAGCAGCAGUGGCAGUGUGGCUGCCAGUGAAACUCUGGCCUCGGCGGUCAAGCUGGAAGGUGCGAAAAGGGACAACGCUGCCCCUCCCCGACCGCCAUCGUCCAAGUCGCCGGAGCGGUCGUCAUCCCCGGAGCAGAGCUGCCCCAUCUGCCUCGAUCCUCUUGAGGACAAGUCGUUCGCCGGCAGUUGCUUCCAUACCUUUUGCUUUUCAUGCCUUCUGGAAUGGUCAAAGGUGAAGGCUGAGUGCCCGAUGUGCAAGCAGUGCUUCAAGAGCAUUUUCCACAACGUGCGCUCUUUAGAAGACUACGACCAAUACUUUGUGCACAACAAUGCUCCGCAGGCAUCUUUGACGGUGAGAGCUGCCACAGCAGGGGCAGUGACGAUGGCAUCUACAUCACGAAGCUCGCCACUAAGCGGCACUGUGCUGCUGGCCCACCACCUUGCCGACUCGCCGAUGCUGCUGACGCGGCAGUUCUCUACAGGUGCCACAAGGAGUAGCGGCAUAUGGACUAGCACCGAACGCCAGCUCCUGUACGAUCUGGACCUGUGGGUGUACCCGUCCAACAACCGGCGCUCGUCGCAUCACUUCACGCCUGCCUACAUCCGUGACAAUCCCGCAUGCACCCACCGCCUCAUCCCGUGGCUCAACAGGGAACUCGUGGCCCUCCUGGGUGACGACGAGGCGCAGAUCACCUCCACCACUGAGCUCGUGCUGGAGCUCAUUACACACUACGAGGUCUGCAGCUUGGAGUUCGCCGAGCACGUGCGAUCCUUCUUAGGCACCCGGACGGAGCACUUCGUGCACGAGCUGGCCGCGUUCGUUGCAUCGCCGCUCGACAUGGUCCCCUACGACCGAGUCGCCGUGUACAACCUCCGUGCCCAUGUCCUGGCACACGGAACGCCCGCCACCGCGUUCCUCCGGACGCCGGAGUCAUCGCUGGAGGAUACCUCUCCUGUGGCGCCGGUAACGUUCGGGGUGCACUCGGACCCGAGUCAGCAAAGUACCAGUGGCCUGCACCAAAAUGUGACAGCCAAUUUGGUGGAUCCAGAAUCGGACAACUCGGAUUGCAUGAUAGUGAGCUCGGUCAUGCCUGCAGUGCCAAUGCGGUCGAGGACACCGAUUGUCAUUGUGCUGUCUUCCUCGGACGAAGGAGACGCAGAGAGCCGCGCCACCGCACUGGCUGCGGUUGCUGCAGCGGUGUCGACCACGCCCUUGCAGCAGCCCGCCCGGAGGUGCAAGCCCAUGGCUGGGAAGAAACGCUUGCUCCAGUUCAGCAAUUCGGACACUUCUACGGCAAGUGACACGGACUCCGAUGACUGGUGGGGUCGACAGGGCAGCGCAGCGCCUGCGCCGGAGAGUGGCGAUGCGACGUAAACGGUCGAGGGUGCUGCCGCCUCGAAUUGCUGUGGCAGCGCCAGACAUAGCUGCGAGCGUUGCCCCCUCCUUACCUGCCCUGCCUGCUGCUGCUGCAGCUGUUGGAGACCACACUUACACUUCUCUGUUGGGCCAUCAUACGUGCGAAAACUCGAUGCGAAAAGAUCAGACGAAAAAGGCUGUGCCGGCAACACGAGGGGUCAAUUCUUCCGACGACGAAUACUAAGCUGGGCAUUGUGUCUCUUUCACCGUUGACUGUGGUAGCAAUGUGAGGUUUAGAAACUGUGAUAAUUUGUGAUGACCCGUUUGCAUUGACCAAAGCACGUGAAUGUAUCGUUUUGUGUUAUCUUGAAGGCCGCUAUAUUUUUUUUUUGUACAAUCCCCAUACUUUUGCAUCAUUCUGUUGAAGCUCGCACGUAAUCACUGUCCGUGGACUUGCACGUGCAGAAGUUCUUAAAGUUAUACCGAAUAUGCCCACUUACAACCUUGCAAGACAGUGUUUACAGCGAUUGGUGUCCUAUGCCAGGGACACCAAUCAGCACCACCAUUUCUAACAUUGUUGAUAGUGUUAAGGAGAACACCAGUGCAUUUUGCCACCGAUUUAUGAGGACAUAUUCCUUGAAACUGGUGCUAACCACAGGAUUUCUGCUGUAUUGAUAUUACUUCAUUACUUCAUCAUUUUAAAUGUAGAAUUGGGACAUGAGCUCGAAAGUGAUCAAAUAAAAGUUGGAUGAGAUUGUGUUAACUUUUUCGUUACUGCUAGAAAUGUGCUA